UUCGGGGACUGAGGUGUCCGUCACGUUGCAGGUAGGCGUGGUUUAUCCACAAACUACGGAAACAGGCUGAAUUAGUCCAAAAAUCUGUCCGCAGUAGCAGCAGCGGCGGCGGCAGCGGACACACGGGACCUGACAGACCUCAGACCAGCACUCAUCACACCCACCGUCCACUCAGCGCGGGGGAGAUGGAGGACAGAGCCGGGACCAGAGUAUUUAAGAAGUCCAGCCCCAACUGCAAGCUCACUGUUUAUCUGGGGAAGCGAGACUUUGUCGAUCACUUAGACCAAGUAGACCCAGUUGACGGAGUGCUGCUUGUCGACCACGAGUAUCUGAAAGAUAGAAAAGUGUUUGUGACUCUGACCUGUGCGUUCCGUUACGGCCGCGAGGACCUGGACGUCCUGGGCCUCUCCUUUCGGAAGGAUCUGUACGUCAGCACGGUCCAGGCCUUCCCUCCUCCGCAGGAGACCAAGACGCCUCCGAGCCGCCUGCAGGAGCGGCUGCUGAAGAAGCUGGGUCAGCAUGCCUACCCCUUUAACUUCACUAUCCCCCAGAACCUGCCUUGCUCAGUAACCCUCCAGCCCGGCGCUGAGGACACGGGGAAGGCGUGCGGUGUGGACUACGAGCUCCGAGCGUUCUGUGCUAAGACCGCGGAGGAGAAGAUCCACCAGAGGAACUCUGUGCAACUCCUGAUCCGGAAGGUCCAGUACGCUCCGGAGAAGCCGGGUCCACAGCCCAUGGCGGAGACCAGCCGCAGCUUCCUGAUGUCCGACAGAUCUCUGCACCUGGAGGCCUCGCUGGAUAAGGAGCUGUACUACCACGGUGAGCCCAUCAGUGUCAACGUCCACGUCACCAACAACUCCACCAAGAGCGUGAAGAGGGUGAAGGUAUCCGUCCGGCAGUAUGCCGACAUCUGUCUGUUCUCCACUGCUCAGUACAAGUGCCCCGUGGCCCAGGUGGAAGCAGAUGACCAGGUCUCUCCAAGCUCCACCUCCUGCCAAGUCUACACUCUGACCCCCAUGCUGGGUACCAACAGGGAAAAGAGAGGCCUGGCCCUGGAUGGAAAGCUAAAGCAUGAAGACACCAACCUGGCCUCUAGCACCAUAGUAAAGGAAGGAACCAACAAGGAGAUGAUGGGGAUCCUGGUUUCCUACAGAGUCAAAGUCAAACUGGUGGUGUCUCGUGGUGGGGAUGUAGCUGUGGAACUACCGUUUGUCCUGAUGCAUCCCAAACCAUCAGACCAGUCCAGCUCUCCCCCAGAGUCAGUCGCUCCCGAGGCUGAUGCUACAGUGGAUACAAAUCUCAUAGAGUUUGAGAUGAACACUUCGUCUCAGGUCGAUGACUUUGUCUUUGAAGACUUUGCUCGCCUGGGCCUGACGGGGAUAAAGGAUGAGGGCGACCCCUUUUGUUAGCGGAGUCCCCCGUCUGAGUGGAACACACAGGACGCCCUCCCUCAACCCUCGAGAACCCAAGAAGUCAUGAAGACGGCCUCCUGAGUUUUGCCACGUUUUAAUUUGUCCAUUUAUUCUCUGUAGGCUUCUACUUGUACCUCACACUAGUGGUUUUCUUGCAUAAAAAGGAUGAGAUGGCCUGACUUCAGUGAGUUUAACCCUCUAUGGUAUGAUGUUGCCUCUAGGCAACAUACCCAUUUUUGGCCUUCUACAUUCUCACAAUACAUCUCCAGUUAUGAUGCAAUACUUUGAAUAAUAGCCAGGACCAUAAGGAACCAAUAGCAGUGUUUGAAUUUGUCACAUGACUCUCUGGAGGCCCUUUUGAAAACCUUUCUUUUUUUGUGCCUGGAACACCUCCCAAGGGAGACGUCCAGGGGGCAUCCUUACCAGAUGCCCAAACCACCUCAACGGGCUCCUUUCAACGCAAAGGAGCAGCGGCUCUACUCCGAGCUCCUCGCGAAUGGCUGAGCUUCUCACCCUUCUAUCUCUAAGGGAGACGCCAGCCAGUCUCCUGAGGAAACCCAUUUCGGCCGCUUGUACCCGUGACCUAGUUCUUUCGGUCAUGACCCAUCCUUCAUGACCAUAGGUGAGGGUAGGAAUGGCUCAACCAUUUCUCGUCAAAAAAUUGAUUCACAAUAAUAUGGAAGUAAAGCUUAAUUUCUAAUCGUAUAAUGUACUUUGUUUUCUAAUUAAAUAAUGUAAACUUGUUAAAAUGCAAAUGUUGCCUUGAGGCAACACCGUACCAUUAUGGAUUCACCAUGACACCAUGACAUUGUGGUAUAUAUGGAUGGCAUGCCAGAUAUUGGGGCAAGUGGCAACAUCAUUCUGUGACUUGCGAGCAUCAUUCCAGGCAACCAAUCCUACAAGCUGUUCUUUAAUAACUGGUACAUCAGUGUGGAUCUCCAGACCGUUCUCCAAAAGAGAAAGAUCCACUGUGUUGGAACAGUGCAGCAAAAUCGACUGACAGGGUGCAGCUUCUCUGAGGAUAAAGCCAUGAAGAAGAAGGUCAAGGGAGCCUUUGAAGAGAAAGUCACAUGUCAUGAUGGAGUCCAACUCAGGGCAGUGAAAUAGCAAUGCAAUCGUGCUGUCCAUCUCAAACUUUGCCUCAACCAGUGUUGUGCAGACAUACAAUAAGAAUAUGGGACGAGUGGAUCUUCUGGACUCACUGAUUGCUCUCUACAGAACAAAGAUCACAAGUCAAGGAAGUGGUGUCACAAGAUUGUGUUCCACAUGAUGGAUUUCCCUGUGGCGUCCCAAAGGAAGAUGUAUACAGCUUGCUCAUAUUCAAAGCUGAAGUCAGUGGCCUUUGCAAUGAGAGGAAAGUCUUGAAGAAGCGGGGAAGACCUUCACAGAAUGUUGAGGGAGACCUGGCUGAGAAGAGUCAUCAGUGCCAUGAACACCUGUGUGUCAGGCCAACACUGACCAUUGGCCUGUGAGGGUAGAGAAAAAGGGCUGGUGCAAAUACCCUGGCUGCAAUGGUAAUGAUAGUGAAAGUGCAGUGGUCCAGUAUGUCACCUACUUAUGCUUCACUGCUGAGAAGAACGGCUUCAUGAAUGUCCACAAGCAGUAAGCCUUAGACUCUCCACACAUUCAUUCCAAUUCCAGUUGGUCCACAAUGGUACAAUGUGGCCUGCAGGCAACACUCAGACGUGUAUUCUUUUGAAAAGUUAUUUUUUAACAUUUUAACAUGUGUGGCAUGCAUUUAACCUGUUGAGGUUAUAGAGUAUUUUCCAUGUGUUUUUAUAUACUUUUGUUCAAAUUUGAAACAAUAACUCUUUUUUAAUUAUUUACCAUAAUGGUACAGUGUUGCCCCAAGGCAACACACCCCAAAAAGUACCCCCACCCCCAAAUUAUUAUUAUUAUAUUUUUUAGAUCAUGUUUAUUUGGUCUAAAGACUGCAAACAUUUUUUUCCCAACUGACAUCAUAAUGCGUACCAUAGAGGGUUAAGAAAUGGAGGCCUGAGUGAGAGGUUGUUGCAGGAAGGGCUGCUGCUUGCGUUGUUCUGCUAAUAUCAGUAUUAAACAUGCUGCUGUGAUUCAGGAAUUAUAAUUCUAACAAGUUAAAACAAAGUUAUUAAAGUUGUAUUUUUGUAUUCAUGAUAGGUCAGCUGAUGGUUUCAGGGGGCCCUCUAACUUUUACUGCUUCCUAUUGAUUUGUCCUAGUAGAUCAAACUAGAGGGUAUAUAGUUAAAUCAACAAAAAGGCUUUUAUUUUUACAGUUAUUUUUGGUAUUUCGUCUAAUAUCUGUAGGGUGAACUAAAAUGAUUAAAACUGAUUUUUAGUGUUUGUUGGACAGCCAGGGCUUGUUUCAUUCUGGCUUUGAUGUGCGAUGUCAUCAGUGGUGGAAGUAUAUUUACUUCAGUACUGUUCGACGUACUUGUGAUUUACUAGUAUUUCCAUUUUUUGUGACUUUUUACUUCUACUCCUCUACGUUUCAGAGGCAAAUACUGCCAUUUUUACUCUACUACAUUUAUUAAACACUUAUUGUGACAUACAGUACAGUGCCAAGAGGUUUGGACACACCUUCUCAUUCAAUUCAAUGAGAACAUGUGUCCAAACCGUUGACUGGUACUGUCCAUAAAAUUACAUGAUAUUAUGCAUUAUUACACCACUAAUCUACCUAGUAGUACAAAGUAUCUCAAAUUGCCUCCACAAACUACAACAUUAAAAUGCGUCUGCAAAAUGCAAGUAUUUCUGAUAGAAACAAAAGAGAAUGACAUAAUAUUAUAUGAUAUUAUUACCCUUUCAAAUGAGCCAUUGUGCAUAAUGAGUAGGUUUACUUUGGAUACUUUAAGUAUAUUUAGCUUAUACUUCUGUGCUCUUACUUAAAGGCACAACAAGUCUGAUUUGUAAGUAUGCGCGUAGUAAGUACAACAUGAGAGUUGAGCCCAGAUACCUUCUGGUUUUGAAAUAAGCUUUGUCCCUGUUGGUAUUUUGCCUCCCUAUAGAAUGAUAUACUCUGGCGAGUGAGGCUAUUUUAAUCAUGUGAAACAUGGUUAUUUAGGGAGAUCCCAGAUACCGGGCCUUUAAAGGGUAACUUAUUUUUUACCUGGCCCCUAUUCUUCCAUGUUUGUGUAACGUGGAGCGAUGGGAGAUUUCAGAACAAGACUUGGUUGGACGCAACAACAAUCAGGACAGACAGGAUUGUCUCUCAAUAGUGUUCCAAUUUCUAAAAGUCUUUGUCCCCAUUACUCACCUAGAGACAAGAACUUGGGGAAAUGUUCAGGUUACCCUUUAGGUCACAUUUUCAGUUUGGGAAUUCUACCAAAGGAUCUAAUUUGUCUACCACAGGAGCUCUUAUUUACGGCACCUUUACCUAAUAUUGUCUUAUCAGUGCUAGCACUAUAAAGUUACCAUGUUUCGUUGUCAAACAAGUGUGCCAUUUAAUUUCUCAAUGCUUAUUGGCCAAUAGGUAAACCGAGUGGGUUGUAUCUGCCUGCCACUUUAUCAUCCCGACUGUAAUUCUCUGCAUUUGACUAGAAACAUUUUUGCUUGUCUUUUUUCCAUCAUGAUGUAAAUGUGAGCUUUGUAAGUGAAAGAUACAACAGCUAAAACCACUCCAAAUAAGACUGGAUUUACUCAAUAAAUUGAAAUAAAAUGUACAAAUAAUCCUUAAAAUGGA